ACCCGUGGCCGGUAUUUGCACACCAUCGAAAAAUUUUCUAAUUUGCCAAUAUUAUUGCAGUAUAUUAAAAUUUACGAUACAAUUUUGAAAAUCUUAUCCAAUAAUUGUAAAUUGGUAAUUAUUCGUGUGUGUGCCAUUAUUUUUCAAAGAUUUUAUAAUAUCUACUUAUAAUUGAAAUCACAGUAUUGCUUGGCAAGAGCAGCCAGUGCGAAAAAUCAAUUGAAAGUUGAUAACUUGCUUUGCAUUUGGAAUUGUGUAAAAUUUUCGAUAUGUCUGCAACUGGUGAUUGUUUUAUCGUACAAUCUCCAAAUACAGCUGAAAAUACUAUAAUAUUCGGUCGUAAUGCUUUAGAUGCCGAUGCUCUAACAGAAGCACAAGAGGUUCAAUAUUAUAACGCCAAUGUCGCACUUGAGGGGAAGCCUGAUGGUGGUGCAGAUGUGGUUAAAGCGAAUGGUGAAAUAUUACGUAUGAUAUUGCAAAAGACUCAAACCGGCAUUUGGGGUGGUGACGUGGGUGCAAACGACCAUAAUGUUUGCAUUGCUGUUUCCUGGUCAGCGGAGGAGCCAGCUAACGAUAGUGAUACCCUUAGAUCAACUGAUAUUGUACGUUUGACUUUGGCUAUCGCUAAAACCGCUGUUGACGCAGUGGAACGCAUUGGUAAUUUGGUAGCUAACCAUGGGUCCGACAAUGCAAAAUUUAGUUUUGUGGUCUGUGAUACUAAAGAAGUAUGGUUAGUGAGCAGCGGUGCAAAGUUAUGGGCUGCACAUCAGGUUGCUGAUGGAUUCCUCCGUUUAACAAAUAAAGGACUCAGUGUAAAAACUGCGAUUGAUAAAUCAACUGACGAUUUAGGUGAUGCUCUCAAAACGCUAGGGCUCUGGGAUGGCGAAGGUGAUUUAAAUUUUGCCAGCUGUUUUGAUGCAGCUGAAACCGCGGAAGCUGAAUGGAGCGGUGAAGCACCUAACGGAGACGGUAGCUACACUUUGACUAGCAUGUUUGAUACACUACGUUCGGCGGCCGAUAGCGCAACGUCACGUUCAGCCAGUGUCUCUGUGCUUACAAAUGGAAUAUCAUGUCAUUGGUUUACGGCAACACCUAACGCAAGUGAAUCAGUCUUUAAACCAUUCGUCUUUGCGCCUAAUCCCAAAAUUUCACCACUCACCAAAGUGCCACCUGAUAACACACACACACUCUUGCAUAAGCUUCAUGCUCAACGCAAACCGAAUGCUGUAGAAGAUUUGAAAGCUCUGGAGGCUGCUUGUGUUGAAGAAUUAAACGCAUAUUUAGCGGAACAUCCAAAUGCUGACGAGGAGUUGGAUGAACUAAUGAAAGACUGUGUGGAAGCUGAGGUGAAGUUCUAUCGUUAAGCGGUAGAACUUAGGAUUUCUCGGAGAGCAAGAAGAGCAAACAUAAACGUUCAUAGUAUUUCGUAAAAUAUAAGCUGAAGACAUUUACUAGCCUUUUGGAAUAACGGGUUUUCUGUUUUAACGAAUAUGCAUUUCUUAAGUGAUAUUUUUUUUGUAAUUUUUAUACGAAUUUAAUUUAUUUGUUUUUUUACGAUAUUUUAUUUUUUCGUCAUAAUUUUAAGCUGAAAUUUGUGAUUUUUCAAUGACUAUUUUAUUAAACACGUAUAUAUAGGUAUAUUAUUCAUGUAAUAAGAUAAAUAUUAACGAUUUCUUUGACUAUUGUUUUAAGAUUAAAUCUCUUAAGAACAAUACUGUAAAAGCCGCGACUUCUUAUGUUAAAAUUAUAGUUUUAUUGCAUAUAAGUUUUUAGUUUUGUGAUUAUAUGCACAAAAACAAAAAAUGCUUGCAUACAUUCAUUGUAUAAGUAUUAUUCCAUUUUAUUCAUAUAAAUGUGUAUUUAUAAGAAUAACGAGGCACUUAACACUCUGCACGAUAAGCUUGCUACGAAACUUUGACGAAGUAUAGCGAGAGUAUAUAAAAAUUGUAAUGCAUGCUAUGAUUAAGCUCAAUUAUCAUUGAAGGGACAAUUUUGUGUAGCAGUAAAUAUAACAUUUAUAGAAACGCGAUAUUUAAAUUCCAUACGCAUUUACAUACAUACAUACAUAUAUUUACACGCAUACACAUAUAAUUGCAUGGAUACGAUUAUAAAUAAAAAAAUCUUUAUACACAAAUCGAUAAAACAAUGAAGCUCAUACAAAUAUUUA